GAGAAGGAGAUGGCCUUCCAGCAAGUCGCAUUGCUUCUUCUCAUCCUAGCCACCACCAGCUUGUUCGAUGCAGAGGGAUACGAUUCAUUGGACCCGGAUGCGAAUAUCACCAUCAAAUGGGAUAUUAUGGCAUGGACUGCUGAUGGCUAUGUAGCCUACGUAGCACUAUAUAAUUACCAGCGCUAUCGACACAUUCGAGCUCCUGGAUGGUCAAUUGGAUGGACCUGGCCGAAGAAGGAAGUCAUUUGGUCCAUGCUUGGAGCUGAAGCAACGGAGAGAGGGGAUUGCUCAUCUUUUAAAGAUGCAAUCCCUCAUAACUGUGAGCAGACCCCAACACUUGUUGACCUAAUGCCAGGUGCCCCAUACAACCAGCAAGUAAGAAGCUGUUGCAAAGGAGGGGUCCUUAGGUCGUGGGUGCAGAAUGGAGCCCCAGACGUAGGUUUUUUCACUAUGACUGUUGGUCAAUCCGAAACCACCGACACAGAUGUGAGACUUCCUACAAACUUCACUCUGAAAGCACCUGGUCUUGGCUAUACGUGCGGCUCCGCAAGUAUUGUGGAACCCACGAAGUUCCCAACUGCAGACAAAAGGAGGGUCACUCAAGCAUUCAUGACGUGGAACGUGACAUGCACGUUUUCACCAUUCAUUGCUCGUAAAAUGCCAACAUGUUGCGUCUCUCUCUCCGCAUUUUACGAUAGCAACAUUGUGUCGUGCCCAACUUGUUCAUGUGGCUGCCGAAGUAAUACAAGCAGCCCACAAAUAUGUGCAGAGAGGGAUGCCGUGAAUAGCUUCGAGCCUUUGGUUCGAUGUAGUGAUCAUAUGUGCCCAAUCCGAAUUCAUUGGCACAUUAUGAUGAACUACAAGGAGUACUGGCGGGUAAAAGUUACGAUAACUAACUUCCAUUACAGAAUGAACUAUUCUGAUUGGAAUUUAGUUAUCCAACACCCCAACUUCGAUGACAUGGCUCGAAGUUUCAGCUUCAACUACAAAUCUCUGAGUCUCUAUGGGACAAUAAAUGAUACUGUAGUGCUUUGGGGAAUUAACUUCUUCAAUGACAUUCUAAUGCAAUCUGGGCCAGACGGAUACAUACAGACAGAGUUGCUCUUCUACAAGGAUCGAGCACCAUUUACUUUGGAGGACGGUUGGGCGUUUCCUAGGGCUGUAUUAUUUGAUGGAGAUUACUGUCAAAUGCCACCUCCUGACAUCUAUCCAAGCUUGCCAAAAAUCGAGUCAAAGCUCUACUAUACUUCCAUCUCUGUAAUAGUAGCUGCGAUAGUCAUAUCUGUAGUUAUCAUCUUUGUGACAGUUUAUGUUCACAAAUUGACUGUCAAAUAGUUUGUGAGCAAGUACAUUGUUGAGCAGUUGAUAUUGGUUGGUUGAUGAUGCAUUGGUAUGUAUGUAGUUAAGAACUCAAUGAUAUUUGGAGGCAGUUUGGUUGAUGAUUCAA